GCGAAAAAACGGGGGCUCGUCAAAGUUAACCUAACCUGACCUGUUGUUUGUGCAUAUUUCGUGUUACAAUAAAAAUAGGCGUCUGUAUAAAAGACUUGUAGUUAGCGAGCAAUAAUAACGAUGGAGGGGUUUGAUCGGCCAGAUACAUUCUUUGUGGAACAUUUUUCGACCGAAGAACCGGACGAUGGAAAGCAGCUAAAAUUAAAACAGUGCAAACAGAAGUUCAAGGAGUUUAUCCGGCAAUUUCACGAGGGCAAUUUUAACUACAAAUAUCGGGAUGCCUUGAAACGGAACUAUAAUUUGGGUCGGUAUUGGGUCGAAGUGAAUCUCGAGGACUUGGCUGCAUUCGAUGAAUCCCUCGCAGAGAAAAUAUAUAAACAGCCCCUUGAUUAUUUACCAGUUUUCGAGGAGGCUGCCACUGAUGUUGCUGACGAACUCACCGCACCUAGACCUCAGGAUGAAGAAAAGGUCGAGGACAUUCAGGUUCUCCUUUCAUCCGAUGCAAACGCUACUCCUUUCAGGGGGAUGAAGCACGAUGUUGUCUCCAAGCUCGUUAAAGUACCUGGAAUCGUAAUAUCUGCAUCAGGAAUCAGGGCAAAGGCGACAAGAAUCGCGAUACAAUGUCGAACCUGCAGAAACGUCGUGCCUGACAUAGCCAUUCAACCAGGCUUUGAGGGUUACCAAAUGCCACGGAAAUGCAACACUCAGCAGACAGGAACAGCCUUAAAGUGCCCGUUGGAUCCGUACUUCAUAAUACCAGAUAAGUGCCGAUGCGUCGACUUCCAGGUGCUAAAGCUGCAAGAAUUACCGGACAAUAUUCCCCAGGGUGAAGUGCCCAGGCACUUGCAGCUCUAUUGCGACCGCUAUUUGUGCGAAAGAGUUGUGCCAGGAAACAGAGUCCUCAUACUCGGCAUUUAUUCGAUAAAGAAAAUCGAUAAGACUGGAGGACGACGCGAAACAAGGAACAAGGCAGCAGUAGGCGUUCGAGCGCCGUAUAUCAGAGUCGUGGGGAUUUCCGUGGACGGUGACAACACUGGAAGUGGUACGCAAGCGCCGUUUACCGCGGCCGAGGAGGACGUGUUUCGCCGUCUGGCUGCCGAUCCUGAAAUCUAUGAUAGGAUAUCUAGAAGCAUUGCGCCGAGCAUUUUCGGCGCUGAGGACAUGAAGAAGGCCAUCGGCUGUCUGCUCUUCGGCGGCUCGAGAAAGAAAAUGCCCGACGGCUUGUGCCGCAGGGGCGACAUCAACAUUCUCAUGCUCGGCGAUCCUGGAACGGCCAAAUCCCAGCUCCUAAAAUUCGUUGAACGCGUUGCUCCCGUUGCCGUUUACACUUCAGGAAAGGGUAGUUCGGCCGCAGGUCUCACCGCGUCCGUUACGCGCGAUCCAUCGACGAGAAAUUUCGUCAUGGAAGGUGGAGCAAUGGUGUUGGCCGAUGGUGGAGUCGUCUGUAUAGACGAGUUCGAUAAGAUGAAGGAGGAUGACAGAGUCGCGAUUCACGAGGCGAUGGAACAGCAAACAAUAUCGAUAGCGAAAGCUGGGAUAACGACGACCCUGAAUUCGCGAUGCUCGGUUCUUGCCGCAGCCAAUUCGAUAUUUGGCAGAUGGGAUGACACCAAGGGCGAGGAGAACAUCGACUUCAUGCCUACCAUAUUGUCCAGAUUCGACAUGAUCUUUAUUGUCAAAGAUGAACACGAUCAGGCCAAGGAUAUCACACUGGCUAAGCACGUGAUGAAAAUACACACCAACGCCGGUCAGAUCACCGAGCAACAAGCUGACGGCGAAUUAUCAUUGAACCUAAUCAAGAAAUACAUUCAUUACUGCCGAACGAAAUGCGGCCCAAGAAUAAGCAAGGAAGCUGGCGAGAAGUUGAAGAAUCGUUAUGUUAUGAUGCGCAGCGGUACUAGGGAGCACGAAAAAGACACCGAAAAGCGACCGUCCAUACCAAUAACCGUUCGUCAGCUCGAAGCCAUCAUCAGAAUAACAGAAUCACUUGCUAAAAUGAGGCUACAGUCGUUUGCCACCGAAAAUCACGUCAACGAGGCCCUCAGGCUCUUUCAAGUGUCGACGCUGGAUGCUGCCAUGAGCGGAUCUUUGGAUGGAGCGGAAGGCUUUACAACGGACGAGGAGCACGAGAUGUUGACGCAGAUUGAGAAACAACUGAAACGGCGUUUCGCUAUUGGAUCUCAAGUGUCUGAGCAGAAUAUCGUUGCCGAUUUCACCAAACAAAAAUAUCCCGAACGCGCAAUCUACAAAGUUAUUCACACGAUGAUAAGACGCGGCGAACUACAGCAUCGCAUGCAGCGAAAAAUGCUCUACAGGCUUUCUUAAACUACACGCCAUUAGAGAGAUGCACACAGGUGAGACGGGGUCCGUGUUUAGAUCCAGCUUGUAAAAACCGUCUGGAUCAAUCGUCGGAGCGUAUCCAUUGGGGUCCUUAACAAAUGCAAAUGGCAUGUGGAUCAAGUACAUGUCUAAGUAAUCAAGUUGUAGCUUUUCCAAUGACAAUUUCAUGAACUUCUCAACGUCGCCUGGUCUGUUUCCGUAAUGGGGGAGCUACAAAAUAAUUUCAAACUAUGGAAAUAUCGUAGUGGCGUAGCCGCAGACGUCCAUGAAUGUCCCGUACUCCGUAUGUAUUUUCUUUUCUAUACUGAAUGAUAUCUUGUACUUCAUAAAAAAAAUUAAUCCGAGUAUUCAAUAAACGAAAUAAGAUACUCAAGAGAUUCACACUUUUGACGUAAUGAAGAGAUCGCGACGUUGACCGCCCUUGUCAAACCAUUUUUUCAAGCUUCGUCCAAUGGCCUCUUCAUUAUUGUAAUUGAAAGCCGUGUCGAUAUGCCUGUACCCGUUUUCCAGCGCGGCUUCGACGGCCUUUUCAAUUUCCUCGGGCCCUGACUGAAAUAUAAAUAUUUUUCGGGACUGUUAUCAAAUUUUAUGAAAUGAUCAAUUGACGAUCUUUAAUGUUUGUAGACCACGUGUCGCAAAAUUUUUUGUGUUACAAUUUACCGAGAAGACGUAACACAAUCACCUGCCAUGUCCCAAGUCCGACUGUCGGAAUCUCGAAGUUCGAUGACAACCGUAUAUUUUGCAUCGCUGUUGCAGCCGCCGGUAUUCCCUUCGAAUAAUGCAGUGAUAGGAUAGCGGAUAACCCGAUUCCAAGUCCGGAAGUAUUCCUCCUGAAAAACGUGUUGCAUAACUCGAUUAUUUUUAGCCACGCUGGGCUUGUGCAAAAAAUUAUAUGUAUGCCUGUUCAACAUAGGAGGGUAUGCAAUUUAAUUUGUACCUAAAUCAAUAAGCGUUUCAGCUCCGAUUUAAAUGACGAUGGACAGUAGGAUCGGUUAAUCACCGUUUUGUUGCCUGUGCGAUUUACCAGGCAACGAUUGCGAUUUAUACCGGUUACUAAGUAUUGUUUAAAUAACAUUCAAACUACGUUGAUCAAUCUGCUUGUUCUAUCGCGGAUUCUGCGUUCCGUUAAGCGCUAUUUUUAACCAUCGUAAAAGUUUGAUGUUUGCGUUUGACUAAGUUUUGAAAUACUGGCGCCGCGCCAGUCCCUGACGUUUAACGGUUCGUCACGUCGACGACAGAUGGCGGAUGAAACAAAUUGCACUGCCAGUCUUGCUCUGCGCCGUGACUGGUUCAGGAAACACGCUUAGCCAAUCAUAGUACAGAGCAUUAGGUGCUACUUCCAUGGGUAGUGUUAAAAAAGCUCAAUGAUAUAUCAGCGAGAGGGAAAAACUGCGAAUUACGUAAAGUUUUCUUCAACGCGUGAAUUUGAUUUUUCGUUUCAACGGAUUCAACAAUAGCAAGUUCAAUUGGAAAGCAAAGCGAGACACUUGAAAAGAAGUAACCAAAUUCGGAUCGUACACACCACAUUCUGUUCGAGAUGCGAUAAAUCAUCGUCAGCUAUUCGAAAGAACCUUCGCCAAGACCCAACUCCCGAGGUUAUGUUUCACGUCAUUCCGGCUUGACUGGAUAUCCUCUUUGAAAUCAACCAUGUCGAACUUCAGCCACUUCCUAAGGGCACAUCGGUUCGAACUCAUCGCUUGCCCGGUUUUGGCUAUUGAAUUUUACAUAUGGUGGCGAAUGCAACAGAGCGAACAUUGGGGCAGUAAACGGGAGCCAAGUGCAGGUGUAACUUCCUUGCAAUUUGCUAAAAAUAUGUCAAACGAAUCGCCGAUCAAGGAAAGUGACUUGAAAAAAGCGCUUGAUUUGCCAAAGAGUUGAUCGAAAUACGUAUCCGCGUAUCGAGGCUUCUUGUAAAUGAUCCAUGUAGUUUGAUUCAUCGAUUCUAAUCUUCUCUCACCUCUCCAUGUAAGCAGGUUUAAUACAUCAUUUUAAUAAACAGUUGACCCAAUGUCAUAAGAA